CCUGAAUGUGAUGCUGGAGAACUUUGAACUUAUAUCCUCGCUGGGUUGCUGCUGUGGAGCAGAGAAUGAGGAGGCAGUGACUGAACAGAACUUUUUUGUGAGAGUUUCACAGGCAUGGAUUCCCCAGUUACCUUUGUCUUCCCAGCGGAGUCACCCCUGUGAGAGUUGUGGACUAGUCUUGGGAAAGAUUUUCCACUUGAUGGAGCUGCAGGGAACACAACAUGGACAGAUACUGUUGAGGUGUGGGGCAUGUGCAGAACAGUUUUACUUCAGUGUAAAUAUUCACCAAUGGCAUGUGACAGAGAAGACUUUCAUUAGAGGUGUGGACAGGAUCUCCCUUGCAAACAGCUGCAAUUUCAAUGGGUCCCAAAAUUGGUUCACAUGCGGGAAGGUUGGGCAGGGUGUUCUUACCGAAUCAGGACAGCUCCACCUAAAGGCUACUCAGACCAGGGACCAUCCAAAUGCUAUUUCGACACAUGGGAUGACAUUUCAAAGGCCAGAAAAUUAUUACGCCAGAAAAGAAUCUAAGAAAGACAUUACUUGUACCCACAGGUUUAUUCAGGAAAAGGAUGUCAAUGUUGGAAGUGGAUGUUUUGUGUGCUCUGAAUGUGGGAAAUAUUUUACCGAAUUUUCUAGCUUUUGUCCUCUACAGCAAGGUUACACUGGAGAAAGGCCUUAUCAGUGCAGUGAAUAUGGGAAAGCUUUUAGCAAUAGUAACAGCCUAGGUGAAUAUGAAGCUUUGCACACUGAAGAAAGGCAUUAUGAGUACAGUGAAUAUGGGAUAGCUUUUAGCAGUAUUAACAGCCUAGGUGAAUAUGAAGCUUUGCACACUGAAGAAAGGCCCUAUGAGCGCAGUGAAUGUGGAAAUCCUGUUACCAAUAGCCCUGCCCUCCAUUAUGAUCAGAGUGUUCUCACAGCAGAAAGGCCUUAUGAGUGCAAUGAGUGUGGGAAAUCUUUUACUAGUAGCAGUAACCUUCAUUGUCAUCAGCGCAUUCACACUGGAGAAAAGCCUUAUAAAUGUAGUGAAUGUGGAAUGUCUUUUUCAACUUUCAAUACUCGCAAAUAUCAUCAUUACAGAGUGCACUCUGCUGAAAGGCCUCAUCACUGCAGUGAAUGUGGGAAAUCUUUUAUCACUUUGUCUCACCUUCACAGUCAUCAGAGGGUUCACACAGGAGAAAAGCCUUAUAAAUGCAAUGAAUGUGGGAAAUCUUUUUCCCAGAUCGGUAACCUUCUUUCUCAUCAGAGCAUUCACACUGAAGAAAAGCCUUAUAUAUGUGGUGAAUGUGGGAAAGCUUACAACUCUUUCAUUAAACUUUGUCAUCAUCAAAGAGUGCACACUGGAGAAAGGCCUUUUCACUGCAGUGAAUGUGGGAAAUCUUAUACCAGGAAAAGUGCACUUUGUCAGCAUCGGAGAAUUCAUAGAGGAGAAAAGCCUCAUAAAUGCAGUGAAUGUGGGAUGACUUUCAUCCAAAGCGGAACUCUUCAAAUUCAUCAGAGAGUUCACACUGGAGAAAAGCCUUUUAAAUGCAGUGAAUGUGGCAAAUCUUUAACCAGUAAGUCUUACCUUCACAUUCAUCAGAGGGUUCACACAGGAGAAAAGCCUUAUAAAUGCAAUGAAUGUGGGAUAUCUUUUACCACUAAGUCUUACCUUCACACUCAUCAGAGAGUUCACACAGGAGAAAGGCCUUAUAAAUGCAGUGAAUGUGGGAAAUCUUUUACCAGGAGCUCUGACCAUCACCGUCAUCAGAGAAAUCAUGCAGGACAGAAGCCUUAUAAAUGCAGUGACUGUCGGAAAACUUUUACUGAAAACAAAGCUCUCCAAAAUCAUCAGAGUGUUCAUAGAGGAGAAAAGCCUUAUAAAUGCAGUGACUGUGGGAAAUCUUUUACCUGUAACAGUAAACUUUGUCGUCAUCAGAGAGUUCAUACAGGAGAAAAGCCUUAUAAAUGUAGUGAAUGUGGGAAAACUUUCAGUGAAAACAGAGCUCUCCAAAAUCAUCAGAGACUUCACACUGGAGAAAAGCGAUGUCCAUUGCCGUCAUCAGAGAAGUCAUACAAGACAGAAGCCUUAUAAAUGCAGUGACUGUGGGAAAUUUUAUACCAGUAGCACCAACCUUCACCGUCAUCAGAGAGUUCAUACAGGAGAAAAUCCUUAUAAAUGCAGUGAAUGCGGACAGUCUUUUACAAAUAACUCUCACCUUCAUUGUCAUCAGAGAGUUCACACAGGAGAUUGUCGUAAAGAGUGUAAUUAAUGUGAGAUAUCUCUCAGCCUAAUUUGUAAAUUUUCUUUUCACAAAAGAGUCCAAAUGUGAAAUAUUUCUCAGAUGUGUUGACAAUGUAGUUUCUUAGUUAGGACAUAACAGUUGUAUAAGAAAAUAUGUGAAGUCUCAUUAGUCUGAAAUUUAUCUCAUAUAUUGAAUCACGUACAUUGUGUAUCCUACCCGCAACUAUUUUAUCUGUUCUGUUUGCUUGUUUGCAUGUUGGAACCAUAUGUAUGUAUGUUGGACAUUUUAACAUAAAGAGCUGUCUUGCCAGGUGGAAAAAC